UAACGAGCCGGAAGAAUGCGACUGAGGGCGAUACCCCUAAGCCAGCCAAAACUAAGCCUCACAAUGAGGGCGAGAAGCUCGUGAUCCGGCGCCUUCCUCCCGGAAUGACUCAAACGGAGUUUGUGUCCAUUCUUGGAAGUGAAUGGGAUGUUGGCAAAGGGAGAGUCGACUGGUUCUCCUAUGCGCCUGGGAAAAUCUCCAACGAUCCAUCAAAGCCGUCUCGGCCUGGUCGCGCCUAUCUCCAUGUCGUGAGAAAAGAUGACAUCAUGUCCCUAAGCGACUCUGUCCGGACCUCAACCUGGGAGGACGUCAAGGCCACCUUCAACAACCCAUCUCUGAUUGGGCCACCUGCAGUUGAGUUCGCCAUCUACAAGAAGAUUCCGAGCAACAAGAAGCGCACCGAUGCGCGUCAGGGAACUAUUGACCAGGACCCCGAGUUCAUGGCAUUCCUCGAGGAUCUUGCCAACCCAGCGCCACCAAAUCAGAACAUUGAUGCCGAUGACGCGGAUGAUAUCGCUAAAGCAGAGUCCAAGGUCACGACAACCCCAUUGAUUGAAUAUCUCAAGGAAAAGAAGGCCAACAAGGCCAAGGAUUCUUCAGGCUCCAAGAAUUCCAAGGGCGAAUCCAGGGGAGGGAAGGGCAAAGGAGGUUCCAAAGACGAAGAGUCAGCCAAGAAGAGGAGCAAGGGUGAGAAGGCUGAGAAGGCUGAGAAACCAGACAAGGCUCCCAAGGAGACUGUCAAGAUUCUCACCAAGAAGGCUGCUAUCGAGCAGGCUGCGACCGCCGCCAAGAAUGCGGCCAGUCAGAUAAAGGACACUAGUGCCCAGGAGGUUCCUAAGAGUCGUCGAGCUGGUAUCGCUGCGGCUGCCAGGAUUCUCCAGCGGGACCUCGGCCUCAGUCCAGGCAGUGCUCAUAGAAAGGCCCGGCAGGAUGCUGCUAAAGCAGACACAGAUACCAAGCCUACCCCUAACAAAGAGCCUGCUGUUCCAGCAACUAUCGAUCCACCAGCUUCACCCGCUAAGCCUGCUGAUGCGCCUGCCCCAACUCCCAAGAACAGGGCUGCCAGCGCUUCUACGCCGAAGUCUCAAUCGCAGGCAUCAGGUCGCAGAACCCGAGGAGGCAAGAACCCUGAGAAGAACAGCAAGGCGACAGAGGGCGGGGCAUCACAAUCUUCAGGUGCGGCCAACCCACCCGUCGUUCUCCUCAAGAAGAAAGGCGUCGAUGCUGAGUCCUCUCGACCAUCAACACCGAAUGCUGCACCGCAGGCCACAAGUCAGGCAUCUGGUUCAAAGGCGGUAUCAGCUACGCCAAGCGGCCCCAAAGGUGGUUCAACCAAGUCCGGGUCAUCUCAGAAGAAGCCCGCCACUGUGACUCCCGAUGCGACCCGUGGAUUUGUCAAGCAUGCCAACCCUUCUCAAGGUGUCACCGAGGCCCUUCUCAAGCAAUCUCUCGAAAUAUUUGGUACUAUCACGUUCGUGGAAAUCGACAAGCGCAAGGGCUUCGCCUAUGUGGACUUUUCCGAGCACGAAGGUCUGGUAAAAGCGGUGUCAGCCAGCCCCAUCACUGUCGCUCAAGGCACUGUCCAGGUUCUGGAGCGCAAGGAUAAGAAGCCCGUGACUGCGACUCCCGCAUUGGCAGCCUCCGGAACGACGACGGCUCCAGAGAAGUCGUCCGGACGUGGCAGACGCGGACGAGGCGGAGGCGGCAAGGGGAAUGCUGUGAACAGCAACCAAGCUGCGAGCAAUGGCGGUUGAAAGGGGGAAAGGAGCAAUAGGGGAUUUUCUUUCUUCGAACAUCUCAGAGCAUCAGCGCAUCAAGCAGAAGCAACAUCUGCACGAUUACGCCGUGGAGCGUUGACCCACCCCGAGCCGAAUGCGGUCUCGCCAUGGCCUCGGCCCAACAUGAAGGAGCGCACACAAGACGAGGUAGCCAGCUAGUCUGUCGGACGUCGCGUUGCGAGAAUUCAGCGGCAGUCAGCCAUUUGCCGGCGACGCAUGAGGAGGAGUC